UUCUUAUUGUUUGCUUGUUUGUAAUCGUUCAGUACUGAUGUUGGGUGUUUUAAUCAAUUGGAAUCUAGUCUGUGCAUUCCAAAUUGGUAUCAGAGCGCUCGAUCGAUGGGGCCACCGACUGUUACGCAACGAGUGGACACCCUCGAAGAGAAGGUAUUAGAUCUGGACGAAACCUUGAAAGAGAUGGUAUCCCAGACUGUUGGCAAGGCGAUGGACGCGAUGCGCCAUUCCUUAACAGAGGUUUUGCUCGAGGGUCAGAGUUUGGCAGUGAAGAAGAUGGGGGCUGAGUUUGAAGCCCUUACUGGGCGUUUGGAGGGACGGGUGAAUCGCAGUCGUGAGCAUCAUGAGACGUUGAUUAAUACGAUGAGAAACGACCAGCUGAAAUUUCAGGCUGAUGUUCGUUCCACUCUUGAGAAGCUUGAUGCCAGUGCACAUCGUUCCGAUCCGUUAGUGAGUCCUGUUAACUCGGCGUUAGGUGGUGGUGGUGGUGACAACGGGGGUCGAUUUCAGACUCGUGAUGGCGUGGGGGGUUCCAAUGGCGGUAGAUCCCCAGUUGGGGGGCAUGGUUUGGGUCCGGGACCGGGUAAUUGGCGGUAUAGGAAAUUGGACAUGCCGGUUUUUGACGGAUCUGACCCGGAUGGGUGGAUCCUCCGUGUUGAAAGAUAUUUUGCUUUUUAUCGCCUCACCGAGGACGAGAUGCUGGAGGCUGUUGUGGUAGCAAUGGAGGGGGAUGCCCUGAGAUGGUUGCAAUGGGAACAUAAGAGGCAUCCAAUACGCCGAUGGGCUGAUCUGAAACGUUUUGUGCUCCGCCAGUUCAGGUCCAGCAGUGGUGGGUCUUUGUAUGAACAGUGGCUGUCCACUGCCCAAACAGCUACUGUCCACGACUAUCGUCGUUCUUUUAUUGAGACAUCAGCACCAUUGGAGGGUCUCUCAGAGGACAUUUUAAUGGGCCAUUUCAUUAAUGGACUCAAGGAGGAAAUUCGCGCGGAGGUGCGUCUAUUAAACCCCAUGUGUUUAGAACAAGCUAUGGAACAGGCUAUAAGGGUUGAAGAGAAAUUGAAGGUGACUGGCCAACGCAAAUUUUGGGGUGUUGCGAAAUCGAGGGUGUUUUCUACUACCAGCCGAGGUGGUUCGUCUGUGGGUCAGUAUUCAAUUUCAUCACCUGGCAGUUCACCUGGUAGUAAACACUGGGAGCUGCAAUCCACGGAUUCACAGGCUUCAACCCAAUCUACGGUUGCCUCUAGUCCACGUUCACAGACAGGCGGUGAUGUGAGGCGCCUCACAGAGAGGGAAUUACAGGAAAAGAGGGCAAAUGGAUUAUGUUAUAGAUGUGAUGCUAAGUGGUCUGUGGGGCAUAGAUGCAAGAAAAAGGAGCUGAGUGUGAUGCUCAUUAUGGAGGACGAAGGUGAACUGGAUAGCACGGACAGUGAUGUGCCUCUCUCACCUACUGAAGAGGUAAUUUCUGAAGUAUCACUUAAUUCAGUAGUUGGUAUUUCGAAUCCAAAAACAAUGAAGUUGAAGGGAUUGAUUGGUAAUCAUGAGGUGGUUGUUAUGGUCGACCCUGGAGCGACUCAUAACUUCAUAUCGUUGGAAACGGUGGCAGCUACUGGUAUUCGGGUGGAGAAUUCGAUGGGGUUCGGUGUUUCACUAGGUAAUGGAGAUGCAAUAAAAGGGGAAGGGCUGUGUAAGGAUGUGACUGUUCACCUUGACGGGGGCUUAGAGGUGACUGCUGAUUUUUUACCUCUCAAGUUAGGUAGCACUGAUGUAAUAUUGGGUAUUGCUUGGUUGAAGAGGUUGGGGACAGUGUUGACUGAUUGGAAGGCUCAAGUGAUGAGAUUCGAGUGGAACGGAGAGCCAGUGACGUUGAAAGGUGAUCCGUCCCUGGUGCAUUCACAGGUGACUUUAAAGGCAAUGAGGCGGUUGUUAAGGAAGCCGUGUUUGAGUUUCUGGGUUGAAUGUUAUAGGGUGGAAGUCGACCACGAGUUCGCCAAGGGGUUACCUGAGCAGCCAAAGAAGACACCUGGUUUUGUGAAGGGGCUGUUGGAGCAAUAUUCACAGAUUUUUUACAUACAUACGGGUCUGCCUCCUACCCGAAGUCAUGACCAUGCUAUUGUCCUUAAGGAAGGAAGCAAUCCUAUUAUUGUACGGCCGUAUAGGUACCCACAAGUGCAGAAAAAUGAAAUUGAGAAGAUGAUAGCUGAGAUGUUGAGUGCAGGUAUCAUUAAACCGUCCACUAGUCCCUUUUCUAGUCCUGUAUUGUUGGUAAAGAAAAAAGACGGUUCCUGGCGGUUUUGCGUUGAUUACCGUGCUUUAAACAAGGAGACGGUGGCUGAUAAAUAUCCGAUACCGAUGAUUGAUGAGUUGUUGGACGAACUUCAUGGGGCAACAAUUUUCUCGAAGUUGGAUCUUCGUUCGGGUUAUCAUCAGAUAUUAGUAAGGCCAGAAGAUACGGCUAAGACAACUUUUCGGACUUCGGAUGGGCACUAUGAAUUUCUUGUUAUGCCAUUUGGAUUGAAGAACGCCCCUGCUACUUUCCAAUCCUUAAUGAAUGAGAUUUUUCGGCCUUAUUUGCGAAAGUUUGUGCUCGUAUUUUUUGACGAUAUUUUAAUCUAUAGUGCCACCCCAGCAGAGCAUCUGACACAUUUACAGGAGGUGUUGGGCGUGCUUGCUAAAAAUACUUUAUUCGCCAACUUGAAGAAGUGUGAGUUUGCACAGCCGGUAAUUGGCUAUUUAGGCCAUGUUAUUUCGAAGGAUGGCGUAGCUGUUGAUCUGGACAAGGCAGCAGCGAUGAUAGAAUGGCCUUCUCCUCGCAAUCUACGUGAUUUAAGGGGAUUUUUGGGUUUGACAGGGUAUUACAGGAAGUUCGUGGCCGGCUAUGCCACCAUUGAACACCCAUUGACACUCUAGUUAAGGAAGGAUAAUUUUCACUGGUGUGAGGCAGCUGAGGAAGCUUUUGUGAAUUUGAAGAGAGCUAUGUCAAGUCCCCCUGUUUGGCUGUUUUGGCUAUGCCAGACAUUAACCAGCCUUUCGUUAUCGAGGCUGAUGCCUCUGGUUUUGGAGUUGGAGCCGUCUUGAUGCAACAGGGGAGGCCAGUCGCCUAUUUCAGUAAAUUAUUGGGUGUACGCGCUCAACAAAAGUCAAUAUAUGAAAAGGAGCUCAUUGCAAUUUGUUUGGCUAUUCUGAAGUGGAAACCAUACCUCCUUGGGAGACAUUUCAUAGUCCGGUCAGACCAACAGAGUUUGCGUUUUCUAAUGGAGCAGAGGGAAGUGAAUCACGAGUAUCAAAAGUGGGUGACUAAACUUUUGGGGUUUAAUUUUGAAAUUCAGUACAAAACUGGUGCUUCGAACAAGGUUGCCGACGCGUUAUCACGCAAGCAGACUGGAACUGUGGCUUUGAAUGCUUUAGUUACGUCCCCAGUAGUGUCUUGGGAGGAACUGGACAAGGAGAUUUCACAAGAUAUUUUUCUCCAGCGUCUACGAAAUGAGAUGCAGAGCCCAGACCGAAGUGAGUCGCAUUUUUGCAUCACAGACAACAGAGUGUUGUACAAGGGGCGAUGUGUCAUUCCCCGUUCUUCGAAGUUUUGUUCUAUAUUGCUACAUGAAUACCAUAGUUCAGCUGUGGGUGGUCACGCCGGGGAAUUGAAAACAUACAUGCGUCUUGCUACUGAUUGGUACUGGCAGGGUAUGAGACGUGAUGUGGCGGAGUUUGUGAAAAGUUGUGUGGUAUGUUAGGAGCAAAAGUACUCCCAGCGUUCCCCGGCAAGUUUGCUUCAACCACUUCCAAUUCCGAAUCAAGUUUGGGAAGAUAUCUCUAUGGACUUCAUUGAAGGGCUGCCGACAUCUCAAGGUGUUAAUGUGAUUCUUGUGGUUGUGGAUCGUUUCACUAAAUAUGCGCACUUUAUAGGGCUUAAACACCCAUUGGACGCUUUCAAAGUUGCAGCAGCUUUUACUAAGGAAGUCGUCAGAUUACAUGGGUUCCCUAAGUCUAUUGUUUCUGAUCGGGAUCGAGUGUUCCUUAGUACAUUCUGGCGUGAGUUGUUCAGGUUGCAUAGGACUGAACUCAAGCGUAGCACCUCGUAUCACCCACAAACAGACGGGCAGUCGGAAUUGGUCAAUAAAUGGUUGGAAUGUUACCUGCGUUGUUUCA